AUGGGGAGCUUGCGUGGAUCGGCGGUGCUGCGGGCCUGCAGGUGGCUCCUGCCGCUCGCCAUCCCGGCGUGCUGCAUCCUGUGGAUGCUCCUCGUCUUCGCGUCUCCGCCGCCCGAGCUCGCUGUCGGCCGCCGCGAGAGUUUUCACGAGAGCGUUGGAGAAAUCGUUGGCGCGGUGGAGCGAGGGGCCGCCUACACGCCGCCGGCGUCGGAGAGUGAAGAGAUCGCUGACAUGUCACUGCCGCCGCUGGAGCGUGAAGAGAUCAUUGACACGUCACCACCACUGCCGGAAUGUCGAGCAAGAGCAGAAACUUCGCCGCCGCCGCCUCCAGAGCCUGAACAGAUCAUUGACGUGUCACCACCGCCGCCGGAGCGUCACGCAAAAAUAGAAACUCCCCCGCCGCCGCCGUCGUCAAAGCAUGAAAAAGUCAUUGACGCGUCACCGCCGCCGCCGGAGCGUCAAGCAAGAACAGAGACUCCGCCUUCACCACCACCGCUGCCGCAGCCGGCACGUCAAGAACGUGAGGCAAGGUCAGAGAAGCCAGUGGCCGUGGCCGACCGGUGCUCUGGCCGCUACAUCUACAUUCAGGACCUGCCGAGCCGGUUCAACGCUGACCUGCUCCGCGAUUGCCGGUCCCUGUCCGAUUGGACGAACAUGUGCAAGCACAUCGCCAACGCCGGAAUGGGACCUCGGCUGACGCGCACCGGCGGCGUGCUCCCGUCUACCGGCUGGUACGACACCAACCAGUUCACCCUGGAAGUCAUCUUCCACAACCGGAUGAGGCAGUACGGCUGCCUGACCGCCGACGCCUCCCUCGCCGCUGCCGUCUACGUACCCUACUACCCGGGGCUCGACGUCGGCCGGUACCUGUGGCGGUUUAGCAACAACAUGCGCGACGCUCUCGCCGAGGACCUCGCCGACUGGCUCCGGUCAUCGCCAGCGUGGGCGGCGCACGGCGGGCAGGACCACUUCCUCGUAGGCGGCCGCAUCGCGUGGGACUUCCGACGCGAGGAGGGCGAGUGGGGCAGCCGCCUUCUCCUCCUUCCGGAGGCCAGGAACAUGACGGCGCUCGUUCUCGAGUCGAGCCCGUGGCACAGCAGCGACGUCGUCGUGCCGUACCCGACCUACUUCCACCUGUCGCGCUCCGCCGAGGUGGCCUCCUGGCAGCGAGCCGUCCGGCGCUCGCGGCGGCCGUGGUUGUUCGCCUUUGCCGGCGCGCGGCGGAAUGACGACGGCGGCCUCCGCGACCGUUUGAUCGACCAGUGCGCGCGGUCGCGGCGCUGCGGGCUGCUGCAGUGCGACCGCGGCCGGCGCAACGACUGCUACGCGCCGGGCAACGUCAUGCGUCUCUUCAAGAGCGCGGCCUUCUGCCUGCAGCCGCCGGGGGACUCGUACACGCGGCGGUCGGUGUUCGACGCCAUGCUCGCCGGCUGCGUGCCGGUAUUCUUCCACCCGGGCUCGGCGUACGUGCAGUACCGGUGGCACCUGCCAGCCGACCACGCCAAGUACUCGGUGUUCGUGCCGAAGGACGGUGUGCGCAACAGGACGGUGCAGGUGGAGGACGUCCUCCGGGCGUUCGGCGCUGUGCAGGUGGCGGCGAUGAGGGAGCAGUUGGUCCGGAUGAUCCCCGGCAUCGUGUAUAUGGACCCGAGGGCCCGUGCAGGCAGGUUCAGGGACGCCUUCGACAUCGCAGUCGACGACGUAAUCCAGAGGGUCGGGAGGAUCAAGCGGGGGUCGACUCCCUGGGAAGAAGACGACGGUGAGCACCGGUGGAAUGGCUACUUCGACCGGCGGUGGUGA